UACAAUUGAUCACAUUCCGAUCCAUCGGCAAAUACUUAUACAGAAAAAUAUGGCGACAUUUCUUUUCGGUUUCGGGGUGCUUGUCGGAUUACUGAUAGUAUUUUCGGUAAACGAGGUGUUUGGUGUCAAAUGUUUCCAUUGCAACACGCAAGUUAAUAAAACGUGCAACGAUCCCUUUAAAAAGGACAGCUUUGAAGGAAAAGAAUGUCCCAAGGGAUGCAUGACACAAUCCGGAAAUGACCCCGACGGAUACUUCGUGGUCAAUAGAGCAUGUUCGGAUUCGAUUGGGACAACAUGUGUGGAUGGAGAACUAUUUAACAGACCAGUGCAUACGUGCUAUUGUGAUACGUCUCUCUGCAACUCCGAUGAACACCCACCCCGAUCAUCGGCGGCUGGUGUCGCCAACGUCAUUGUGGUUUUGCGCGUGUUGAAAUGGCUUUAUCUUCAUGACGUCGUUUUCGAUAUUGUUUAACAACGGCUUGAGUGUCAGGCACCAAGCUCCUUGAUCAUGUUAUACAUAUUAUCUUGUUAUUUACAUUUCUAUGAGAGAAUUGAUACUGAAUAAGAAAGUUCCAUGAAGAACAUUGUGUUUUUUAUGUUUUGAAUGAUGAUAUUGCUAUAUAAAUAUAAUAUAUAUAUAAUAAACCUUUCCU